UAAACUGCGUGUUCGUCAAUAACAGGGUAUUUAAACGAGAAGCUGUCAAUUGAAUAACUUUAAAAGUAGACACCGAACAGGCAACAGUUUGUUGGAACUUAAGAUGAAAUUUUAGUCUUUGAUACCUUCGUUUUAUUUGGAUAGUGUUCUAAUGUAACAACCCAGAAUGAAUAUUUUGUCAAUUAUCGUUGUUUUAUGGAUUUCAAAAGUUACAUGUUUUUAUAGAUGGUCACCUCAUGACAAUGUGGUAUACAGAGAAGAGAUUCUAGUUAAAAUAUCACAAGGUCUGCGAACGAGAAGAUCAGCCGACAACAGCUUUCAUCCACAGACUUAUGACCUUGCACUAAAAGUUGAAAGGACACGAGUUCAUUUUCAUUUAGAACGGAAUGAUAACACUAGGACGAAUGUUCCAACAAUGACAUUGAGACAAGGAAUACUAACAGACACAAUACUUCAAGAAGAAAAGAUGUCUGAAUUUUAUCAAGAUAUUAAAAACGGAGCAUCGUUUGUCGUGCAACAGAACAAGGAACUGUCAGAAAGUAUGUUCGGUACUUUCAAUUCUGGUGAUAACAGUUUUAUUCUCAAAAGUCUAGAUGAAAUAACUACCAUACAGUCCAACCACAGAUUUGAAAUAAUUAAAGAAAUAAGAAAUCGAACAGAAUUUGGAGAUGGAUUACAAACUGAUGAUCUGUUUAAAGAUUUACCAAUAAGAAAACAUCACCGACAGAAAAGAGCCACAGGAUCGAACCAAAUAGAACUCUUGAUUGUUUGUGACUAUUCUAUUUAUGAUUAUUGGUACCGUCUAAGUAAGGCGUCAACAACUUCUGAAAAAGAAACUGACGCACUUAUAUCUGUCCGCCAAUAUUAUGCCUUUGUUAUAAAUGGGAUGGAUGCUAUGUAUAAGAAUAUCCAGACAACUGAAUAUACAAUAUCAGUCUUAUUUGCUGGGAUAGUUAUAUCACAGACACCUGAUGACGCCCCAUGGACCGAAAGUUUCAAAAAUAAAACUGUUACACCAAACUUGGUUGAUGCAAUACAAUGCUUGUACAAAUUCAAUGAAUGGAUUAGAGCAAAUUCAUCACAAUUACCAGAGAGAGACCAGUCUAUGUUGUUUACAAGAUAUGACUUCUUAUAUGAAGGAUCAACUUCAAAAGCGGGAUUAUCCUUCGUAGGUACCAUUUGUGGUGAAAAUAGUCAAUCUAUCGCACAGGAGAGAUUUGAUUUCAUUGUCAUUACUGUAGCAGCACAUGAACUAGGACACAGUCUGAGCGCCAAGCAUGAUGGCGAUGGAAACUCGUGCAAUGGAACCGAUGCUUAUAUAAUUUCUUACUCAAAUAGUCCUCAACAAGACCCUAAUAAAGCAACAAAUCCAUGGAAAUUUUCUACAUGCUCAGUAGAUAACUUCACAUUAAAGAUAGAUGCAUUUGAAUCGUCAGGCAAUAAUUGUAUGAAGACAUUGGGAGCCAAUUUUGAUCCGACUGCACUUGCACCAUACAACCAAUCAUUAGCAGGACAAUAUUAUGACGCUGACGCCCAGUGUAGUCACAUUUACGGGACCAGUUCAUACAUGUGUAGGGGACAAUACAAUGGUAACUAUGAAUCAAUAUGCAGUGUACUUUGGUGCUAUAAUCAAGAUGAAACAUCUUGUCGCUCAGCAAUAGCAGGAAGUGGCACACUUUGUGGAAAUCAUAAGUGGUGUGUGUCAGGAGUAUGUACAUCAGAUACCAAUGCUCCAGCUGGAAAUGUCAACUGUUUAUAUGGCGACGAAAAAGGACCUAUAUCCAGUAAUGGGUGGACAUGUGCUGACAUGUACGCUAAUGCGCCUAAGGAUUGUGAAAAUGAGUCACUACAAUGUUGUGAGACUUGUUACUCAGAAUUGACCACUGUUGCAUUUAUGACGUCGCAAGGGGACGGGACUAUUCGAAGCACAAUGCAAACAACGGAUAAUUCAGGUAUGAUGUUAAAUAUUUGUGUUAUAAAAAACAACAUUUCCGACAAGUCUUUGAUAAUAAAUGCCGAAUUGUUAUUUUAUGAUUUAAUUAAGAUUGUCUUGAAUUUUUCUACUCUGACUCAUAUUUUAACAUUUAGAAGACAGGUAGCAAAACAUUUAAUGCUAUUACGAAUGAAAAGUUUAAUGUUCAACUAUUGUCACAUGAGUUAUGCUGUUAAGUCAUUUUAUGUAUCGUUUUGAGUGUACAAUUGUGUGUUUGUAUUCCUUUUUAUUAAGGAAUAAAAUAACACCAUGUUCUGAGCACUAACCACGUUUUUUGUGUGUUGCACUUAAGAUGUAUAUACAUAUGUAUUUAUAUCAAUAAGGUAUAAUUUUGUAUAAAACAAGCUUGCUUUCUUUUAUCUUUAUUCUAUAUGCUGAUAAUCAUUUGUUGGCUUCCUGUAGAAUAUUCAUCGUGCGAUCCUUAACCAAUAGCUUUCAAUGUGGCUUGUAAUCUAAGAGAACAUAUAACAGCGCAUUAUGAAUUAAUCUACGAACUUAAAGCUAGUUUUAUUAGUACAAUAUGAACUUUAGGUCGAAAUAGUUUAUCAGUUCAUAGUUCAUUUUGUAUAGCAGUGUGCAUGUACAUAAUAACAGCUAUUGAAUAACUAUUUAUAAAACACUUUUUGUCAGUUUAUCGUUAUCAAAUUGGUGCAUUCAUAACUUUUAUACACACGAUAACAUUUUUUGCAAUGUUUUUAAAUCAGUUAUAAAUGUGUAUAUUUUUGGUAUUUUAACAAAUUUGUUUGCAGAUCUGAAUAGUUUAGAUUAGCGAAAUACAAAUUGAAUACAUCUGAUGUAUAAGAAAUACUUUAUGUCUUGUUUUAUUGAAUACAUUGUAUCAUGUUAUUUUAUCCUUAAAAUAGCAAGUUAUUUGCAAAAAUCCUCAAGUUAUGAAUUGAAUUUUGCAUAAAGAAAAUGUAUUCAUAUGCACUACAUGUAAGUUAGUAAAACUCUGAAAAUUUUUAUUAAAUUUAGAAAAACAAUGUAGUAUGUUGUCAGAUUAAAGUAUAGAUUUGAAUUCAUCUAGUAAGCAGGUAAGUACUAGUAAACAAAACCAGUUAUUUUGAGUUUACAAUUGUCAAUUUAAUAGCAUUGAAAAUGUUAUGGUAUACUGUUUUGUCCAUUAUCUAAUAUUUGGUGGUUAUAUUUUGUUAUUUUAUUCUUUGUUACAGGAAAAUAAUGAAGAAUUGUUUUCUUUGUAACAGCACAUCCUACAUCUUUUAUUUCCAACAAUUUUAAUUUCAACGAUUUUAGUAAUAGAAAAUUAAUCCUGGUAUCUAUGAUGAGUUUAUUUAAAACCUGUAGUUUAUUUUUUUAAAAUAAGAUCACAAUAAUAUUUUGAACGGGUGACUGGAAUUUGAAAAUAAUGCAAUAUAUAUAAAGAUAUACUGAACUUUGUUUUAUUUGUUUUAUUUGUUUCAAUAGUUUAAUUUCAUGAUUAAAUGUUUUAAUGAUUCAUCUAAUAAUUAUAUAUUAUUUUGUUUCAAUUAAUGAGUAUUGUAUCUAAGGAUGUCAAUCUAGUUUAAAACAGAUAAUUGUGCUUCGAUUUUCUCUUUUGAAGUACAAGAAGAUUCCCGAUCCAACACCUCGAUUGUGCAAUGAGACGAAAACCAAAGUACCUCUUGUUUAAUAAUGAAAGGCCUGCACAUGACAAAUAGCUAUUUUACAAUAGUUUGGUUACAAGCCAUCCACAAGUAAAUGAUUUUUUCAAAACUGUAAAAGGUAUUAGAAUAAAAGUUAAAGCAAAUGAUAUAAACCUCAGAUGCAGAAAAUAUGAAAGACGACAAAAUUGCAAAGCAUUCCAAAGACUUUAAUUGAACCUUUCGAAUAUUGAUCCCAAGUCAAGAGCAAUGGGACAAAAGGAGCUAAGAGUAUCAUAAUUUAUCGUUCGACAUUGAGCGUCUAAUAAUGAUGUGACUCGUACAGGAUUACGUGAACAUUCAGCCAAAUUGAACUUUCGGACAAGACAACCUUUUUGCAUUCUAGAAAUUUAUACACACGUAUGAUAUCUACUGGUAAAUUCAGACCAUGUGUUAGUCCAAAGUGAUAAUUCUGGAUUAGAGUAUUACCAAACUUACAUCAGCCUAGGAUUUUGGUUGGGUUCGAGUUAUUCGGUUAACUCAGUUAUGUAGAAUGUUUGUAACAUGACAUUGCAGAAAUUUGACAAAAAAUCUAUUUUGAAAACAUAAAUUGUUCAAACAAAGCAUAAAAAUACAUGGUAAAUAUGGUAAAGUCUAUUAUCUCUAUUUUGAUAUUGUUAGUAUAUUGUUACAAAGGUCUUGUUUAACUCAAAAACUGAUUUGAAAUAUGCAAUUGAUUUUUUUUAUAACUCGCUAUUGAUUUAAUGAUGAAAUCUCCUAAUAAUAAAAGUCUUCCCAAAUUCUUAAGCAUUUUUAGAAUUACUUCUUGUUGUUGUUUAACCUUACUAAUAUUAUGUUCUGAUUUAAAACAACUAUCCAUUUUGGGGGAAGCGUUGAUUAUUUUGAUACAUUUGUUUUGUUUUAGGCAAAUAUUUACCCCUACAACAUUUUGUGCGUGGCUGUCCCAAGUCAUGAUUCUGUAAUUCAGUGAUUAACGUUUGUUGAUGUUAUGUAUACGCUGACAUAAGUUAGCGUUAGAAUGUUUGAAAACUAAAAGGCGAGAAAUAGUGUGAAUGAGCUUGUGAGAAAUGCACGAGCUACAUACUAAAUAAAUGAGUGAUAGUGAGAAUUGUUUGAAGUUAGGAAAAAGUAAAAAUCCCCAAAAUACUGAACUUGGAGGAAAAUUUAAAAAAGGAAAGUUCCAAAUCAAAUGGCAAAAUCAAAAGCUCAAACACAUCAAACGAAUGGAUAACAACGGUAAAAUACCUGACUUGGUACAGUAAUUUUCUAAUGUAGACAAUGAUGGAUUUAACCUGGUUUUAAGGUAAGCCUAACCUCUCACUUGUAUAACGGUCACAUUACAUUCCAUUAUAUUGACAACGAUGUGUGAACAAAACAAAGCCACAGUGAUAUGUUAUUAGUUUA